UCCGUUCGGCUGUCGUGACUCAAGAUUCGACCGCACCUGUUAGCACGGGGGAUCGCGUCGGAACGCGCAGCCGCGACGACGUCUGGCGUCUGCCGCAACUCGGCGGUGACCAUUGUUGUGCGCUAUUGAGUGAAACCAUUAUAACGCGUUCGUCGUUUGGACCGCCUCAGUACGGUUUCGACUCCAAUGCGACGUUAACGUCUCUCAUGCACGUCCACCGCGAGCACUCCAACGCGUUCUGCGUGUGACUCCGUUUACCUGUUUACUCGUGCUCACCCGUUGCCGCCUCGCAGUUGAUCGGGAUUGUACACAACCGAUUCAAUGGUUCAACACGACCAUCCUCACUCCUACGUUUGGCCAGCAGAUUAUAACUGGAUGAAACCUCAGCAUCAUGCUGAAGUGUCAACUGUAAGUCAAGUCAACUUCCCAGUGUCAUCAACAGAAGUACUGGUGCCAUGGCUAUUAUCUAUGUGGAUGAUGGGAAACAAAACGCCUACGGAUUAUCCAAAACCGAAAUCGUUGAAAAAAUACUAUCGAAAUGGUCGGAAUGAAAACACGGGAUUUAAAGAUCGUUUUACAUGGGGUCAAAUAGAUCUUGAGUAUCCCAAUCAAGAAUCUAAAAACAAAGCAUUGAAAAAUCGGAAAUUUAUACCGAAAAACAAUUUACCAUUAGGACUAGAAGUGUGGAAGAACAAAAUGUUUUUGACAUUGCCGCAGUGGAAACCGGGAAUUCCGGUAACGUUGGCGUACGUGAGUUUGAAUAGCCACGGUAAAUCUCCGAUGUUGAAGCCCUAUCCAUCUUGGAGCUGGUACACUAAUAAGGAUCGAUGUCACGGUUUAGUAUCGGUAUUCCGAAUAGAAGUAGAUAGGUGUGACCGAUUAUGGGUAUUAGACACAGGUGCCAUAAACUUGGCAAAGACAGUCGAUCAAAUUUGUCCGAUCAAAUUGGAUGUAUUCGAUUUGAAAACCGACAGGCACAUUAGACGUUUUACCUUACCGACCAAUCAAACUCAAAAGGAUUCGUUAUUCACAAACAUUGUAGUCGAGAUUACCAACAAUAACUGUGAAGAUGCAUUCGCUUACAUGUCUGAUGUAUUUCAAUACGGUUUGGUCGUUUACAACUAUAAAGAGGACGCGUCGCAUCGGAUCAACCAUCCGUACUUCUACCCGGACCCGUUGUACUGCCACUACAGCAUGGACGGCAUCACGUUCAACUGGAUGGACGGCAUAUUCGGCAUGUGCCUGUCGCCGCCGGGCGCGGGCGACCGCGUGCUGUACUUCCACUCGCUGUCCAGCCACAACGAGUUCCGCGUGCCCACCGCGUCGCUGCGGGACGCGACCCUGCGGCCGGGCGACAUCAUCGAGCAUUUCGUCGCGCUCAACGAAUCGCGGUGCGCGCGCCACGAGUCGUGCCAGUCGUCCGGCAUGGCCAUGGCCAGCAACGGCGUGAUGUACUACAACCUGGUGACCCGGGGCGCGGUGGGCUGCUGGAACUCAAACCGCGAUUUCGGGCCGGCCACGCAGGACGUGCUGGCCAACGGCGGCGGCGCGGCGGCCGCGAUGAGCUUCCCCAACGAUCUGAAGGUGGACAAGGAGCCGGCGCAGCGCGUGUGGGUGCUCAGCAACGGGCUGCACAAGUACCUAUACGGCAAGAUGGACCCGGCCGACGUCAACUUCCGCGUGAUGGUGGCGCGCACGGACGCCGUGAUCAAAGGUACGGUUUGCGAGGUCAACUGACGAGACGGUGUUACCCGCGACGUGAUGCCAUGAUCCACCCUCCCCCUGGCCACGGUUCGUGGUCACCGAAUCUCGAGAGACGAGAAAACCCGAUUUUUGCUCAACGCGAAUCCGUAUACGUAACUAAAAGCAAUAGCUGUAGUGGUAGUAGUAGUCACCGUUCAAAUGCAUACGGGGUCAUGUUUACCACUGGGUACGAUAGGUAAAUGCCUACGGCCUCCGUUACUAUGGGGCCUCGGGUUUCUUGGUAUACAACUUUCAUCGUACAAAACAAAUAAAAGCGAAAUAUAAUAUUUAAAAAUUAAAAUAUCGACGAAAAAUCAUACAUAUUUAAUUUUACCUUAAGGCCGCGAAAUGCCUAAAUCAGGUCCUGGAUUUACGUUACGUGCACGCGUGUGAGUACGUUUGAAUGAUAGCAUCAGUGUAGUAUUUAAGUUUUCAAGUGCCAAAUAUCAUUUUUUUUUUUUUUUAUGUUUUGCAAACCGCGCGAUCGAAGCGAAAAACGUCGUCGGCUAAAUGAUAACCAUGUACAAAUACAAAUUUCGUUACGUGUAGAUAUGGUGGCGAAACA